AUGGCCCCUCCUCCCCCCUUCCGUGCAGAGCACAUCGGCUCGCUCAAGCGCCCCAGGCACCUGAUCGAUGCCCGUACCAAGUUCGACAAGGGCGAGGUCACCCGCGAGAAGCUCACCAAGCUUGAGGACGAGGAGGUGCUCCGGGUCGUCAAGCUGCAGCAGAAGCUUGGGUUCAAGGCUAUCACCGAUGGCGAGUUCCGCAGGCACAUGUUCUACGAUGGGUUCUUCGACAACCUCGAGGGGUUCACCCUCUUCAAGGAUCCCAAUCCCGAUAUCUUCAUGGACUACGUGCCGGACGUUGCGGCGUUUAAGGCGCUCGGUUUCAAGGGUGGAGAGACUUACCUCUGCACCGGCAAGAUCAAGCGCACCAAGCCCUGCUACGUGCCUUGGUUCCUGGCGCUCGCUAAGGAUGUCGCCCCGGAGGAGGUCAAGAACAUCAAGAUCGCUAUGGCUGCGCCCGAAUGGUACCAUCUCCGCCACAGCGGCGAGUACGCCUACUCGCACGAGGUGUACGCGAACGAUGCCGAGUACUUCGCCGACAUCGCCCAGGCGUACAGGGAGGAGAUCGACGCGCUGUACGAGGCCGGAUGCCGGAACAUCCAGAUCGACGACCCGCUCCUAGCGUACUUCUGCGCCGUGUCCAUGCUUGAGGGGCUGAAGGCUGUCGGCGACGACCCCGACAAGCUCCUGGAUAGCUACAUCAAGUUGUACAACGACUGCCUGGCGACGAAGAAGCCUGAUUUCUCUGUCGGCCUCCAUCUCUGCCGAGGAAACUUCAAGGACGGCGUGCACUUCUCCGAGGGAGGGUACGACGCUAUCGCCGUCAAGCUGUUCAACGAGCUCAACGCGGACUUCUACUACCUCGAGUACGACACGCCCCGCGCCGGGGGGUUCGCGCCGCUGAAGGAGCUUCCCAAGCACAAGCAGGUGGUGCUUGGGCUGAUCUCGUCCAAGUUGCCGAAGCUGGAGGACAAGAAGGAAGUCAUCGCGCGGAUUCAUGAGGCUGCUGGGUACAUGGACGACCCGAAGCUGGAGCGGAUCGGUAUCUCCCCGCAGUGCGGGUUCGCGAGCCACAUCGAGGGCAACCUCGUUACGGAAGCCGAUGUUGAGAAGAAGCUUGCGCUAGUGGCCGAGAUCGCCACCGAGGUGUUCGGGACGACGGUGUGGUGAAGAGAUGAGCAUUAAACGGAACAACAACAUCAUGUAAGGGAAUAUGACCACAGGGCUGGAGGCAGCUUUUUUGGGUUGAAUGCUGUGUUAUGACCUGGAUCUGGAUACCUGUAUCUUAGGCAUAUGAGAAUUCAUCAACUGAAUUCUGGAGAAUCAAAUCAU